ACUGCACCUUCGCCAACACUUCCAAUAUUCCUCCGUGGAAGUUCCCGGGGAUGCGCGCUGCUUUGCUGUGAUUGGCUACAGGGUGUCAGCUGACACAAAAUGGCGGCGGUGCUCGGUGGCCGGGUCCGCGGCCGCGUCCUUCCAAUGUCACGUGCUGUGUCACCAGGUUUUGCCUCAGUGUCCAUUAUCAUUCAAAAACGGUAUAUUCAUCCUGUUAUUCCCGCUGGUAAAGGUGGCCGAUCAUCUUUUAGUGGGAUCGUAGCGACAGUUUUUGGAGCAUCUGGAUUUCUUGGACGUUAUGUGGUAAACAGACUUGGACGGAUUGGCUCUCAAGUAGUGAUUCCAUAUCGCUGUGAUCCAUAUGAUGUUAACCAUCUCAAACCCAUGGGUGAUCUUGGACAGCUGACUUUUCUAGAAUGGAAUCCUAGAGAUAAAGAUUCAACGAAACGAGCCGUCGAAUGUUCCAAUGUUGUUAUUAAUCUUGUUGGAAGGGAGUGGGAAACUCAUAACUUCAGGUUUGAGGAUGUACAUGUCAAAAUUCCACAAGACAUUGCUCAUGCCUCCAAGGAAGCUGGAGUUGAAAAGUUAAUCCAUGUUUCUCACCUGAAUGCUGACAUAAAGAGCAUUUCAAAGCUCCUAAGAACAAAGGCUGUCGGAGAAAAGGCUGUGAGAGAAGAGUUUCCAGAUUCCAUCAUCAUCAAGCCAUCUGAAAUAUUUGGAAGAGAAGACAAAUUCCUAAAUUAUUUUUCACAAAUGCGUUGGUUUGGGCGUGCCACACCACUUAUUUCUAUGGGCAAGAAGACUGUGAAGCAGCCUGUAUAUGUGGUGGAUGUGGCUAAAGCGAUUGUAAGUGCUAUUAAAGAUCCCGAUUCCAGUGGGAAAACGUAUGUUACAGUUGGGCCCCAUCGAUAUCUUCUUCAUGACCUUGUGGAAUAUGUAUAUGCUGUUAUGCAUAGACCAUUUAUUUGUUACCCAUUGCCAAGACCUCUCUAUCACUUGGCAGCGAAGCUGUUCGAACUAAGCCCGUUUGAUAGGUGGACAUCACGAGACAAAGUGGACAGGUUGCACAUCACAGAUAUGAAGUACACUGACCUUCCUGGACUGGAGGACCUGGGAAUUAUCCCAACACCCAUUGAACAAAAAGCAAUUGAAGUUCUGCGACGCCAUCGCAGGUACCGCUGGUAUGCUGCUGAUGUAGAGGAUGCAAAACCAGCAACCCCUGUGAACUACUGAUUCUCUGGAAGCCAUCCCACCUACUUAUCUAGUAAAUGUACAGAAGUUGAAAUGCUCGGUUUUAAAUAAAUAUAUAAAUAGAA